AUGCAGCUUUCGUUGAUCGCCACUCUCCUCGGCUCGGUUGCUGUUCAGUCAGCGCUCGGUGCGCCUGCUAUUACCGAGCGGGCUCAGCUCAAGGUUCUUGUUGGUAACGAUGAUGGCUGGGCUGAGGCCAAUGUCCGUGCAUUCUACCAGACUCUUGCUGCAGCUGGAUAUAAUACUGUGGUCUCCGCCCCGGUCGAGAACCAAUCCGGCACAGGUUCGUCGGACUCAGCCGCGAAGGUUCUCACGAAAGCUGGACAGUACAACUCUGUGCCUGUUGGCGCCCCAGCACAAGGUUUCAACUCUACUGAUCCCCGACUGAACUACGUGAACAGCUACCCCGUCACUGCGAUCAAGUACGGAAUUGCGACUCUUUCUCCUAAGUUCUUCGGAGGUUCUCCAGACAUCGUAGUCACUGGCCCCAACGUUGGAAACAAUCUUGGAAUUGCGACUUUCUUCUCUGGAACUGUCGGUGCAGCAUGUGAGGCAUCCAAGCAAGGUUUUCCGGCUAUCGCCUUUAGCGGAGACAAUAGCCCGGCAAGAUCUUACACUACCCUGGUGCCAGGUGAUUCUUCGUUCCUGUAUGGGCAGAUUGCGCAGAAACUCGUAGCAACCUUGACCGCCACAUCCAAGCCAUGGUUACCCUCCGGAGUCGGACUUAACGUCAAUUUCCCUGCCGUUUCUUCAACCUGCUCCAAGGUCAGUGACUUCCAAUUCGUCCUGACCCGUCUCUACUGGAACCCUCUCCGCACGGAUGUUGUGACAUGCAACAACGGAGGUCACCUCCCCGAUGAGACUCCCACCAAGAACACAAGUGGUAAAUGCUAUGUUACGAUUUCGGCUUUUGAUGCCCAAAACAAGCGGGAUGCGAGCGUCGAGGAGCAGGCCGCGUUUUGGCUAAGCUCUCUUCGAUCUUGGUCUGCAAGGCAUAAAAAGCCUGCGCAACCGGCAGACGCUGAUAAGAGACAUAGUUACCGAAAAAAACUAUUGCUUCGAUUCCGAGCCAGAAUCCACUGA